CUGACAAAUGCUUCAAGGAGCCACGGCAUUUUCCAAACUGGAUUUGCGGUCUGGAUACUGGCAGAUACGAAUGGCGGACAAUUCCAUCCACAUAACUGCUUUCUGCACUCGGUACGGGUCGUACGAGUAUCUGGUAAUGCCGUUCGGACUCACCAACGCACUGGCAACAUUCCAAGCUGAAAUGAACCAUAUUCUACGUCCACUCUUGGACGAAUGCGUGGUGGUGUACCUGAACGACAUCCUCAUCUACUUGUGCGACAUGCAGCAGCACGUCCAACACCUGCGAUGCGACUUUGACAUUCUUCGACGAGAACGAUUCUACGUCAAGUUAUCCAAGAGCGAAUUCGCCCUCGAGAAAGUCCAAUUCCUAGGACACAUGGUGAGCGCUCAAGGAGUUCACGUCAACCCCAAGAAGAUCGAAGCCGUACGCACAUGGAAGACUUCCGAGAACGUGAAGGAGUUGCAGCAGUUCCUAGGUUUCGCGAACUAUUACAACAGGUUCGUGCCACAGUACGCGAAAAUCGCAACACCACUCACGAAUCUGCUGAAGAAGAACACGCCCUAUAAGUGGGAACCAAAACAUCAGGAAGCCGUGGAGCAGCUGAAUCAAGCACUCACGUGCGCACCUCUACUCAUCUUGCCAACCCCGAACGCGACUACGGGACCAAUCGCCUACCUCAGCAAGAAACUACAUGGGGCAGAACUAAACUACCCGAUACACGACAAGGAGGCCCUUGCUAUUAUCAUCGCCUUCAAAACCUGGAGAUGUUAUCACGAAGGACGACAAACAACCGUCUACACCGACCACUGCAGGCUGAAAUAUUUGAAGGCACAACCAAUCCUCUCCAGGCGGCAGGUCCGGUGGAUUGACUUCCUCGAGACACACAACCACUAUGACAUCGUGUACAAGCCCGGCCACAAAAACAAAGCAGACGCUCUCAGUCGGCCUGCACACGUUGCCGCAAUCAAGGUCGAAGGGAUGAACCCAGUCCUUAAGGAACUAUUCACACACGGGUACGCGAUCGACCCCGAAAUUCCUUUGGCAGCAAAACGAUACCUGCUACAGUGGGACAGUGACAUCGCAUACCGGAAGGGAUCAACGAAGAUCUGGGUUACCAAUUACCCUCCUUUGUGCCAGUUACUACUCGAAGAAUACCACGAUGUCCUAUACCUGGGACACUUCGGUUGCAAUAAGACGCUAACCGGUACUACAAAGCGCUACUACUUGGCCCACAUGGCAGCCGACGUCCAGCAAUUCGUCACCUCGUGUGCUACAUGUCAGCAGAUGAAGAGCAGCAAGCAGAAAAAUGCAGGACUGCUACAGCCUCUUCCUGUCCCAGAACACCCAUGGCAAGUGGUUAGCCUGGAUUUCAUCACCGGAUUACCAACAACCACAAGCGGUCAUGACGCAAUCCUCGUCCUUAUCGACAAAUUCUCCGAAAUGGGACACUUCAUCCCAACACACACGACAGCACGCAACGAAGAGACAGCAUAAUUAUUCAUUCGCUACAUCAUCUCACAA